UUACGAGAGCGCGAGUCUCUGGACACGGCCACGGCUGGUUAGGGACGACCGCACUGUACGGCAGCGCAGGGUGACGGGCGAAAAUCACGUAGGGUGCAUCGUCGCGUGUAAAAACGUUCACGGCGAUUGACGCACGACGUGCCUACCGUUCAUUCAUCCGUGCGACAAUGACAGCGUGCUGCUAACCAUUCUGACGAUUCCGGCGGAGCUAUGGCGAACAUCGCGGCGCAGCGAAUCAAACGGGAAUUCAAAGAGGUUAUAAAGAGCGAGGAGGUAGCAAAAUGUGCGAUUAAAGUUGAAUUGGUCAAUGAUAGUCUUACCGAAUUAAAAGGUGAAAUUGCUGGUCCACCAGACACACCAUAUGAGGGAGGUAAUUUUGUACUCGAGAUUAAAGUACCCGAGACAUAUCCUUUUAAUCCUCCAAAAGUACGUUUUAUAACAAAAAUAUGGCAUCCUAAUAUAUCCUCUGUUACUGGUGCCAUUUGUUUGGAUAUUUUAAAAGAUCAGUGGGCUGCUGCAAUGACUUUACGUACAGUAUUGCUGUCGCUACAAGCAUUGUUAUCUGCAGCAGAGCCAGAUGAUCCUCAAGAUGCAGUAGUUGCUAAACAGUAUAAAGAACAUCCAGAAAUGUUUCGUCAAACUGCCACACAUUGGACAUUUGUAUAUGCAGGUGGACCAGCAAAAAUACCUGAUUUAGAUGACAAAAUAAGACGAUUAACAGAUAUGGGAAUUGAAGAGCACAGUGCGAGAGUUGCUCUGUCUUCGUAUAAUUGGGAUUUGGAACGCGCCACCGAGCACUGCCUCUUCAGUUAGUGAUAACUGUAUAGCUAAUCUCUCACACAUUCAAGCACCAUUCAUUUUGUCAUGAAGAAUUUUCUUGUAACAUCAUAUUUGGAUAUUGAUAUCAUAGUAAUUUUACAAUUGGAAUUCAGCACUUAUAACGACAAUAUCUCAAUGAUGAAAAGACACUACCACAAAAAUUAUUCAAUAUCCACUAAUAGUCAUUUAUUUAAUUUGUAACAUAGGCAUGAAGAAGAAAUAGUUAAUAAAAAAAAACAGCGAAUA